AUGGUUGCUGCAUCUGGGUUUAAUGCUAGCAAGGAUGAUUCCUCAGUAGAGAUAUGUAAGAGAAAAGAGAAUGAGACCAAAGAUCUAAAAGAAGAAGUUUCUGUCGAAGAUACUAUUGACAGUGAAGAUUCUUCCAAAGAGAAGGAAUUGAAGAUCCUAGAAGCUCCAAAGGGUAAAUUAUAUAGAUUAGAAGCUAUUUUCAUGCCUUUAUUGUUUACUGGAUUAGCCUUUUUCACUAGAAUGUAUAGAAUUGGUGCAAAUAAUCAUGUUGUUUGGGAUGAAGCACAUUUUGGUAAGUUUGGCUCUUUUUAUCUAAGACACGAAUUCUACCAUGACGUCCAUCCUCCAUUAGGUAAGAUGUUGGUUGGUUUAUCCGGAUAUAUUGCCGGCUAUAAUGGUUCUUGGGAUUUCCCAUCUGGACAAGAAUAUCCGGACUACAUCGAUUUCGUCAAAAUGAGAUUAUUCAAUGCAACUUUCUCUGCUUUAUGUGUACCGCUUGCAUACUUUACUGGUAAAUCUUUGAAUUGGUCAUUACCAUCAGUUUGGUUGUUUACUGUUUUAGUUUUAUUUGAAAACUCUUACGCUACUUUGGGUAGAAUGAUCUUACUAGAUUCAAUGCUAUUAUUUUUUACUAUUGCGUCUUUUUACUGUUUUGUCAAUUUCCAUAACCAAAGAUCCAAUUCAUUCUCUUUCAAAUGGUGGAAAUGGUUGUUCUUAACUGGUUUAACCUUAGGAUGCACCAUCUCUGUUAAGAUGGUUGGUUUAUUUAUCAUUACUUUGGUUGGUAUUUACACCGCUGUCGAUUUAUGGUUAAAAUUGGCUGAUAAGGAAAUAUCAUGGAAAAGAUAUGGCAGUCACUGGUUAGCUAGAAUUUUAUGCUUAAUCGUUGUCCCAAUGGUUGUAUUCAUGAUUUGUUUCAAAAUCCAUUUCUCUUUAUUAACUCGCACAGGUAAAAACGAUGCCACAAUGCCUUCUCUUUUCCAAGCUAAUUUAGCUGGUAACACCUUAGGUCAAGGUCCUCGUGAUAUUGCUUUAGGCUCUUCAACUAUUUCCAUUAGAAAUCAAGCUUUAGGCGGUGCUCUUUUACAUUCCCAUCAACAGCUAUACCCAGUCGGUUCUAAACAACAACAAAUCACAGGUUAUGGUCACAAGGAUGCUAAUAAUGAAUUCAUUUUCCAUAGAAUCAGAGAAAAACCUCUAUACUCUACUAAUGAAACUGACAUUGAAUAUAUUAAAGAUGGCGAAACUUACAGAUUGAUUCACAGAUUGACUAACAAGAAUUUACAUACCCAUCAAGUUGCUGCACCAAUUUCCAAAACCGAAUGGGAAGUUUCUGGUUACGGUGACUUAGAAGGUGGUGACAGUAAAGACAACUGGAUUGUUGAAAUUGUAAAUCAACUAGGUGAUGAGGAUAAAACCAAAUUACAUACAUUAACUACUUCAUUCCGUUUGAAGAAUGCUGUUUUAGGUUGUUACUUAGCUCAAACAUCUAAUAGAUACCCAGAAUGGGGUUUUUCUCAAAGUGAAAUUGCUUGUUUAAGAAGCCCUUUUAAACGUGAUAAGAGAACUUGGUGGAAUAUUGAAACACAUGUUAACGAAAAAUUACCAAACAUCGACGAAAAUUUCGAAUUUCCAAGAGCUAGUUUCUUCAAAGAUUUUAUUUAUUUAAAUUUGGCUAUGAUGGCUACGAACAAUGCAUUGGUUACAGACCCUGACAAGUUAGAUAGAUUAGCUUCUUCUGCAUGGGAAUGGCCAACUCUACAUAAAGGUUUGAGAUUAAAUGGUUGGCACGACGAAAAUGUCAAAUAUUAUUUAAUGGGUACCCCAGCAUCAACUUGGGCUUCUACAUUAGCUGUCUUCUCAUUUAUGGUUCUAGUUAUUGUUUUGUUCUUAAGAUGGCUAAGGCAAUAUAACGAUUAUAAGGAUGAAAAGAAACUUGACUUAUUUCUAAUGUCUGGUGUUUAUCCAAUGUUUGGUUGGGGUCUACAUUUUUGUCCUUUUGUAAUUAUGGCCAGAGUGACUUAUGUCCAUCAUUAUUUACCAGCCUUAUACUUUGCUUUGGUCGUUUUGGUUUAUUUCUUUGAAGCCGGUACCCAAUUGUUACCAAAAACUAAAUCUGGACAAAUGUUAAGAAUAGGUAUUUACACUGUAUACAUAUUAUUGGUUAUUGGAUGUUUCUGUUGUUUUGCUCCAAUUUCAUUUGGUAUGGAAGGUAAAAGUACUGAUUAUAAAUACUUAGCCUGGUUGCCAGAAUGGAAUAUCGAUGAAGAUAAGCCAUUCUAA